CAAUACAGUACUUUCCUUACUUUUUUUCACUCUCCUUCGCCUUCUUCUUCUUUCCUUGCUCUCUCUCUCUCCUCACUCCCCUCUUUCUCUCCAAUGUCGCUCCUUUUCAGAGACAGGAGCUCACUCGGAGAUUCCAGGCGAGAAACCACUCCUCCUCCACCAUCACCACCGCCUCCACCACCGUCGUCUUCUCUCUCCUCACCUUUCGCCACCGACCUCACUCAAUCUCUUUCCAUCCACGACCUCCGCUCCACCGCCUAUGAAAUCUUCGUCGCAGCAUGCCGCACUUCCUCCGGAAAAUCUCUCUCCUCCGCCUCCCCUACAUCCACUGCGCCUUCCACUAACGGCGGCGCCAACUCCGGCGGCAAUUCCGGAGGAUUACAACGGUCGUUAACUUCGACGGCGGCGAGUAGAAUGAAGAAGGCGUUAGGGUUGAGAUCUUCAGCUUCGUCAAGCUUAGGGUUGAGAAGAAGUAGUAAUGGCGGUAGUCCUGGGUCACAGCUCGGUGAGAGUAGCCCUAAGACUAAGCCUUUGACUGUUGGUGAGCUUAUGAGAGUUCAGAUGAGAGUCUCUGAGACUGUUGAUUCCAGAAUUCGACGAGCUUUUCUAAGGAUCGCUGCUUCUCAGCUUGGAAAACGCAUUGAUAACUUGGUUCUGCCAUUAGAGCUGUUACAACAGUUGAAGUCAUCAGACUUUACCGAUCAACAAGAAUACGAUGCAUGGCAAAAACGAAAUUUGAGGGUUCUUGAAGCUGGUCUUAUUUUACAUCCUUAUCAGCCAAUUGGGAAAGCUGACGCUGCUUCCCAAAGAUUGCAAAAAGUUAUUCGGGGAGCUCUGGAGAGGCCUAUAGAGACUGGAAAAAAUAAUGAAUCAAUGCAAGUUCUUCGCAGUGCUGCAGUGGCUUUGGCCUGCAGAGCAGCUGAUGGAUUGGCCGAUUCUUGUCACUGGGCUGACGGGUUCCCUGUCAAUCUCUGUCUCUAUGAGAUGUUGCUGGAAGCAUGCUUUGAUGUAAAUGAUGAAUCAGCGAUUAUUGAAGAGGUUGAUGAACUUAUGGAUCUUAUCAAGAAAACCUGGCCUAUUCUUGGCAUUAACCAAAUGUUGCAUAACCUCUGUUUUACAUGGGUUCUAUUUAAUCGUUUUGUUGCUACUGGUCAAGUUGAAAAUGAACUACUAUCUGCAGUUGAUGGUCAGCUAGAAGAAGUAGCAAAGGAUGCAAAGACAACAAAGGAUUCAGUAUACGCCAAGUUUCUGAGUGCAACAUUGACUUCUAUUUUGGGUUGGGUUGAAAGACGGCUGCUUGCAUAUCAUGACACGUUUGAUAGUGUUAAUAUUAAUACCAUGCCUAAUAUUGUUUCUAUUGGGAUAUCAGCGGCUAAAAUAUUAGUUGAAGAUAUAUCCCACGAGUAUCGUAGGAAGAGGAAAGGUGAAGUUGAUGUGGCUCGCAGCAGAAUUGAUACAUACAUCAGGUCAUCACUUCGCACUGCAUUCGCUCAGAGAAUGGAGAAGGCAGAUUCAAGCCGGAGAGCAUCAAAGAAUCAACCAAACCCUCUUCCUGUUCUUGCAAUCCUGGCUAAGGAUGUUGGGGAACUUGCUUCCCAGGAGAAGAAAGUAUUCAGUCCAAUAUUGAAGAGAUGGCAUCCUUUGGCUGCCGGUGUAGCUGUUGCUACCCUACAUGCUUGCUAUGGAAAUGAACUGAAGCAGCUCAUUUCGAGUAUUACGGAGUUGACACCUGAUGCUGUGCAAAUAUUGAGAGCAGCUGACAAGUUGGAGCAAGAUCUUGUGCAGAUAGCAGUUGAGGAUUCAGUGGAUAGUGAUGAUGGUGGCAAGGGAAUUAUCCGUGAGAUGCCACCAUUUGAGGCUCAAGCUGCCAUAGCCAAUUUGGUUAAAGUAUGGAUGAAGAUGAGAUUAGAUAAAAUGAAGGAAAGGGUUGACAGAAACAUACAACAAGAGGUUUGGAAUCCACGCGCUAGUCAAGACGGACUUGCACCAUCGGCCAUUGAGGUUCUACGGGUUGUUGAUGAAAUUUUGGAUGCAUUCUUUCAGCUACCUGUUCCAAUGCACCCUGCACUGCUUCCUGACUUGGUAGUUGGCCUUGAUCGAUGCUUACAGUACUAUGUAAGCAAAGCAAAGUCUGGCUGUGGAUCACGUAAUACAUUUCUGCCGACUAUGCCAGCUUUAACCAGAUGUGCAAUAGGAUCAAAAUUAGGUGUAUUUAAGAAAAAAGAUAAACCAUUGAAUUCUCAGAGAAAGAGUUCUCAAGUUGCGGUGAAUGGGGAUUCUUCUUCUGGAGUGCCUCAACUUUGUGUACGGAUAAACACCUUACAAAAGAUCCGGUCAGAGUUGGAAGUCGUAGAGAAAAGAAUUAUCACCCUUUUGAGGAACUGUGAGUCUGCUCGUGAAGAAGACUUUUCCAAUGGCACAGGGAAGAAGUUUGAGUUGACACCAGCAGCAUGCAUAGAGGCAAUUCAUCAGCUUUCUGAAGCUGUAGGAUAUAAAUUAGUCUUCCAUGAUCUGAGUCAUGUUCUAUGGGAUAAUUUAUAUGUUGGAGAUGCAUCAUCUUCAAGAAUUGAACCUUUUCUACAGGAGUUGGAGCAGAACUUGUUGGUCAUAUCAGACACUGUGAAUGAAAGAAUACGCACACGGAUUAUUACCGACAUCAUGAAAGCAUCAUGUGAUGGAUUCUUGCUGGUUUUGCUUGCCGGAGGGCCCUAUCGUGCCUUUUCCCAGAAGGAUUCACAGAUCAUAGAGGAUGAUUUCAAAGCCCUUAAAGACCUUUUCUGGGCUAAUGGUGAUGGAUUAUCCAAUGAUUUAACUAAUAAAUGUUCGUCUACAGCAAGGGAAGUUCUUCCUCUCUUCCGAACUGAUACAGAAUCUCUCAUUGAGAGUUUUAGACGUGUGACUAUUGAAACUUACGGUUCUUCUGCCAAAUCCAGAUUUGGGUUCCCGUUGCCUCCUACUUCCGGUCAAUGGAACCCUACUGAACCAAACACAUUGUUGCGUGUUCUCUGUCACAGGAAUGAUGAUGCUGCUUCUAAGUUCCUCAAAAGGACUUAUAACUUGCCCAAGAAACUCUAGUUAUUGACACGGCUACCCCUGUAUCAUUUAUCAGAAUUUUGGAUCACAAGAAUGGUACCAAGGUUUUGUGCAGUUUGGUUGAAAAGCAGCAAUUGCUUGGUAAAGUUUUGUACAUCACUUAAUUAAACUUUGGUUGAACACAAAUCUGAAACUUGGCCAUUGGAACAGAAGACCAAAUACCUUCUGAAGCUUCUACUGGUUGUGGUAUAGUAAUGGCAAAGAUAGUCACAUUUCUGUAGAAGAUCAUUAUUGCCUUUUCAACGGCAAUCCAUCAUAGGCUCGUAGCAGUGUUGUAUUCUUUUUGCUCAUUUUGCAGGCAUUUGCAGCAUGAAGUUGAUAGCUGUGUGUUGUGUAAUUGUUUUCCUUGGUCCAGAUGUUUGGUUGCUUCUGGUAUGAAGCGCAAGCACAGAAGGUUUGAUAGAGAUCUACUACAGUUAGUUGCUAUAUGUAUGUAUUAUAGCCAUCGUUAAUUCUUAUAAUGUAAUUGAAAUAUAUUUUUUUAAUCAAAAUAUUCAUUAUUAUUUGUUUA